CUUCCUGGCAAUGCGGGUGACGUCAUGAGCGUCCUGCUGCCCAACAUGGCGGACUUUGAUACUAUCUAUGAGCUGGACGAAGAGGAGGAGCGGGUGGUGAGCGAGGAACACCUCACGAGAUACUGUCCAGAGUCAGUUGUCAUGCGGGGAGCCGGGCACAUUACCGUAUUUGGUUUGAGCAACAAGUUUGACACCGAGUUUCCUUCAAUUCUUACAGGGAAGGUUGCCCCAGAAGAAUUCAAGACAAGUAUUGGUCGAGUCAAUGCAUGUUUAAGAAAGAACCUUCCUGUAAAUAUAAAGUGGCUACUUUGCGGGUGCCUUUGCUGCUGUUGCACACUGGGCUGCAGUCUUUGGCCGGUUAUUUGUCUCAACAAAAGAACAAGAAGAUCAAUACAAAAGUUAUUAGAGUGGGAAAACAACAGACUCUAUCAUAAGCUUGGACUACACUGGAAAUUAAGUAAAAGGAAAUGUGAAAGCAGUAAUAUGAUGGAAUAUGUAAUUCUUAUAGAAUUUUUACCCAAAUAUCCUAUAUUUCGACCUGACUGAAGAAAUGUACAAGAACUCCUGGCACAAGUUUUCAUUCCUACCCUUAGUGCCUUGUAGUUAAGUUGGAUGAGCAACUUUCUGCACUGCUGUGUUGUAAUAAAUGUACCCACUUCCCUUUACAAUAGAAUCUCAACACUGUCACUUUCCUUUAGAGCAAAUUUUGCACAUUCAUUUAUUUACAUUAAGUGAUGAUCCUUUGUUGCACUUUGUUAUGGUUGCUGAACUUUGUCAUGAUGAACAAGUAGGGUAAUCACAAGAAAACUAUAAAAUGUGCAGAGGAUAAAGUGCCACUUGACCUCAGCUUGUUCUAUAUAACUGUAAAAAGUUAUGUAGAAACUGAAAAGUUGGAGUUGUUGUUUUGUUUUUGUUAUUUUGUUAUGUAGCAAAUCAGAUGGCUGUUUUAUGUCAAAGUUUUCAAUAUCUGAUUACUGAUUUGCAUUCAGGGAUCUAUAAAAGAUCAGUCUUCUGUCCAUCUGUUUAAAUAUAAAAAAUGUAUGUAUGUGUUGUGUGUGUGUGUACGUGUACAUAUAUGUGUGUGUGUAUAUAUAUAUAUAUAUAUAUAUAUAUAUAUAUAUAUAUAAUAUCACAGUCAAUUUUUCAUUGAAAAAGUGUUCAAUUAGUUCAGAGUAAUAAUGUAAAACAUUAAACAGAGGCAAAAAAAACACCAUCGAUCUGUAUUGCACUUUGGAAAUUAAGGGAGGUCAAGAAAAAGAGUCUGUAUAUUCUGCUUUAAUACAUAAUGUACAGUGUGUUAUGCUAUUGUUUACAGAAUGUAAUAUAGCUCUUUAUUGUAUUGCCAAGAAUUUAUUGUACAUUUCUUUAUGAAUGAAAUUUCUUAGAAACUUAUAAACUUUUAUGGACCAGUUUACCUUUAAGCCAUAAUAAUUGUAUUUGUAGUAUUAGGUCAGGGGUUGAAAUUUGCACUUGAGUUAUAAUAAGUUAAUAUGGCCUAAUUUAAGUAUAUGUAUGUACAUAUACACACCAACCCAUAGAAGCAAAAUGUUUUAGAGAUUUUAUCAGAGAACACAAAAGAGAGAUUCAAUUAUUAAAUCGGUAGUUUCCCUGAUGUACAUAGGUUUGGUUGGUAGCAGGGAUAGUAAUAAUUUGUUUAAAGUUAAAUGUGAAUAAUUAAAUCUUAUUUGACACCAAAACAACAGGCAAAUGUAUAAUUUUUAUUUACUGCACUUUUAAAAGCUCAGUAUACGUUUUGUAUUUUUUUUUUAUUUUUGUUGUAUGGCAGAAUAAAUAAUUCAGUUUAUUCACCUUUUAAGACUUUCAAAUUUUAUAAUUACUUGACUUAAUCUGCCAUUUCUGUUUACAAGAUUAUUUUUGAAAAACGUUUUGCACCAUAUAUAGGUAUAAACCAUAGCAUAUUUACACACUCUGUCAUAGAUGUCCCCCUAAAUUACUACAUUUAUUUCAGUAAAAAUACAAAACAAUAUGUAAUAACAAGGCAAUUUUUUAUACCAUAGUUACAAAAGAAUUGAGUGAACUACAUAAUUAGGUUUUUUUUUUUUUUACACUGAGACCCUACUCAUAAAAAGGCUCAAUAUUAUGGGAAAUGUGUCAGUUUUUGAGGGUUAUAUGCUAUUACAACUGCAAGUACCAUUUUACAUGAUAACAUUACUAAUAGCUGUGGCAUAAUUCCAAAGUUUUUUAAACUUAAAUUGUCUCUGAAACAUAAUCAGAUAACGCUUGAAGACAUAUAAAUGUACAUUUUGCUUCUUAUUUUACUAAUGAUCUGAGUGAAUGUGUCAGGUAAGACCAAAUGCACUAAAGUUUAAAAUGCACAAAAUUGAUUGAUUUGGUUUUGAUGUACAGUUAUACUGAUGUUUUUGUAUCUUGUCAUCCAGGCAUAUGGCCUUACUAGGCAGGUUUCAUGUUUGUUGUAACAAGAUAAUAAAGGGUAUAUUAUAAUUUGUUUAGAUGGAAUAAAAGCUUAUUUUUAUAGGUCACAUUUCAGUUUGCCAGUAUUUUUCAAAGAAUUGUCAGUCCAGAGUGGUGAUUUUUUUUAUUAAAGUUAAUGUCUGUUGGUUAUAUAAUAAUGUAUUUAUGUAACAGCCAGUCUUAAAGUAAUAUUUAAUACCUGUAUGAAUGGUUAAGAGAAACUGAUUUUUAAACAUUCAUGCUAUAUUAAAUUAACUGAUGUUAAACUCAUUUUGUGCAUAUUUUAGUUUCAUUAGAAUAUAAUAAUUUAAUUAUGUAAACCUUUUCUGAUAACUAACUUGUACUUAAAUGUUGUUGUCUCAUUAUGAGGUUUUUAAAAGAUUUUUCAGAAGAAGAAAAAAACACACAUUGGCACUACAAGUGGCUGGGAAAAGAACACUUUUUGAGACAUAAAAACAAUUGUAUCACCACAUUUUGGCCACAAACCAUUUUCAGAUUGCAGAUUGUAUACUGUAGUUGGGCAUAAUUGAAAAUGUGCCAAAAGAAACUGAAUGGUGUACUUGUGGAAAUCUGUGAAUGCCACUUUUGUCACUUGUUUGUUAUAAAAUAGACGCGAAAAAUCUCAGGAUUGAAAUGUUCUAAUAAAGGUAACAUGAUUCACAA